UAGUGUAUGAUCCCCAAUACUCAGAUGUAUUUUUAAGGCUCAAAUUAUUCUUGAUCAGUUCGAGUUAGAUCUAUGAUUUAUCUUUUAACUUGGUUAGAGUAUAAUACAACUAUUUAAGAGAUAUAAAUGGAAUUUAUUUUUAAAAAGGUUAACCUCCUAUCCUACUCACCAUAGGCCUUCAUGAUGCUCAUAAUCAUUGCCUCUUUCAAUGAUUAAAAGCUCUUUUGAUUCCGAGCUUUACACAUCAUCGAUAUCAUCACUCAGUCGCUUCUCCUACUUAUAAAUUCACGUUCAAGAACUUGCGAAAUCAGAAACUUAAAUUUGAAGACUAAUUAAAUAUACUGUAAUUUGAGGAAGGUAAAAAAAUAUGGUAAGAAGAAACGCAGUCCAUGCCAAUUCAAGUCUUCCUUCGAGGGUGUGGUGGCCACAGCAAAGGAGGAAAGGGAAACGAGCCGUGGUGCGGUUAGGAAACCGACGAAGAGGGUUCUUGGUUGGACCACCGAGGAUGGUGGUGCAGAGAUGGAGGGCGAACAUCAUAGGAAAGCCUAUGAAGAUGAUGAGAAAUAUCAUUUUGGGGAUAAUCUCAAACGGUGGAAACGUCAAGAUCUUGAAUGCUUAUCUUUGGUCUUUACCAAUUUUACGUCCUCAGUUGUUUCCACUAUGUUGAUUUUGUAACUUGUGAAAAUGUAA